AUGCCCAGGGCAGAGGCUGAGGAGGUGGCGGACGAGGAGGACGGGUUCUGGUGCCCAUCCCAAGGCUCCUGCCCAGAUCUUCUAGGGAGUGACAUCUGUGUUCUGUCUCAGCAGGUUUCCGGGGUGAGCUCCUCCGAGGAAGACGAGGCCCCUUCUUCACCAAGGCGUCAGCAGUCCUUGAGAAAAGUCCUAAAGCACAGGACCCCGCAGGAAGCCUCCCCCAGCCCACGCAGGAGAACAGCAGGCCAUGCCCCCUCCCACCCAAGAGAAGCCCCUGAGGCUGGGUCCCCACCGCCCACACCCCUCUCCUGGAAGCGCCUGGUCCCCCGAGCAGGGCUCAGCCCCACGGCUGCUCUCCAGACUCCGCGGCUUCCCAACAUCUCAGCCUCUGGGGCGGCCGGUGGGCAGCCAGGGCCCAACCCAGAGCCCCCAUCUCCUGAGGAAGAUCCACCUGCACCAGCCACGGUCACCUGGCAGCAGCACCAGAGAGCAGAGUCCCACGGAGAAGGGAGCUGGCCUCAAUCCUUGGGGUUGCCCGGGAUCCCCAACAUGGCUGGAAGGAGGAGACGGGACCUGAAGAAGCUGGAGGCUAUGGUGGAGCGCAAGAGGCAGUGGGAAAUCCGCCUACUUCAGGACAUCGAGGAGGCCACCCAGCACGAGCUCACCGUGGAGGAUGACUGCCCCUCGGUGCUGGAACCAGGGGCUGAGGCCCUCUGGAGCACCCACCUCAGCCUCACCGACUUGUCUGGCCCUCCAUCCGUACGGCCUUCUGCAAACCCCAGCCCUCCCCAGGACUUGCUCAGGUCCCCGCACAGUUAACGA